AUGUCUGACAUUGCGUCUAAGCCGCGCCUGGCAUCCGGAGGCUCAUCCGAUCCAACCAAAGAACAAGACACCCAGGAGCCCAGCGGAGACACUACCCCCACCAUUCCCCAGUCGCAGGAUUACCGCGUCUUCCCGCCGGCCGGCACGCCAGAGCUUGUCCUCAGCGUCUCGGAUGUAUCUCCGCCGUCAUUUGCGUUGGAUCUUGGCCAUUCAUUUUCCGUCUAUACGGAAAACCUGCUCAUCCAGGGCGACUUCCGCACCAGCAACGGUAAUCUGGUCAUCUCCACGCACUCUCUGGACGUCGCUCCAACUCCCAGCGGAAAGAAGUACCAAAUCAACUGUUCCGGCUCGGACGGAGGCAAGGUACUUCCCGCCGGGCUCGCCGGCAAGCCCCAAGACGGGAGGGACGGAGGGCCGGGGGGAACGCUGCAAUGCGUGGUGGAGGAUAUCGGCUUAGACGACGUCCUUAAGGGCGUUGAUCUGGCCGCCCGCGGUGGUUCUGGCUCGGAUGGGGAAGAGAUUGAGAUCCAAUCCGAUUCAAACGAGGGAAAGACCAAAAGCUGGGAGGCGGGCGGAAAGGGCGGGAAUGGAGCUGAUGGAGGGCGUGUGCAGGUGCUCGUGGGAAAUGAUUACACGGCCAUCCUCUCCCAACUAAGCGAUCUUUACCGAAGCCUGUCCGCUUCCUCACCAAGCGCGAGGGCUUUGUACGACCUGAAGACACUCUUGACGACCAUUCGGCGCAACCCUCAGUACACUUCUUUAGAUGAUCUCGCGCCACGAUUGGACAAGCUUGAUGCUGCGAUACAGACCGGUAAACCGGGCGAGGUGAAGACUCCCCUGCAGGAUCUUGCAGUCAGGUUCGAAAGGGAGGGAGACUUAGUCAAAGUCAGGAUCAAGCCCAGGAUCAACGUCUCCGGCGGUGUCGGGGGAAUGGGCGGCUUAGGAACGAAGGUACGGGGCAGGAACGGCACUCGUGGAAAGGACGGCACAUCAAGCGUCGACUUCUUCACAGGGGACUCGGCGUCAGUACGGCAAACCGACAUAAUCCUGGCCCACCCGGAUCAGUGCCGCAUGUUGCUGGAGAAGGCAAAGGGCCUGUAUUCCCUGGACGAUAUCAGUUCCACAGUAGAUUGCCACACCCUCCUCGCCCGGCUCCAGCGCCGUCUCUUCUUUCUGAGACAGCUCCAGCGCGACGACAAGCUCUACCAGGCUUACGUGUCCGCAGAAAAGGAGGAUGGGGAGGCGCCGGAAAAGAAGGGCGGCGAAACAGCCGAAAGGAAGGAUGAGGAGAUGGCGGGGGAAAGGGACAAAAAGGCCGGACACAACCGGCUCUUCCUCCCACCAGGUCCGCCGCCGUCGAACACAAACCCCAACCCCGAGGCAACUAGCAUCGUCUCGCUGCGACAAGUGCUGGCCGAAGCCAGCGGGUUAGUCACGCAGAUCGACAACGGACUCGACUACUACGGCCAUGUAGGCGCCUACGCGCCUAUGCUCUCUUACAAUACCUACAAGGAACUUACCAAUUCGCUUCUGGAAUCAGCCAAGCAGGCUGAGAAGGCCUACGAUAAGUUCACGGCGGAGGACGCCAAGCAGGAAGCCCGUCGGGAUGCCUUGCAGGCCAUGCAGACCCAGUGCAAAAAAGGCAUCCAGAUUGCCGAGGAUACGAUCGCCAUUCUGAAGGCAGAGCUCAAAAAGACCGAGGACACGGUCGCAUCCCUGACCAUUCCGCUGAAGGCCGCCAAGAGCAAACUCCACGACCAGAUCGAGCACGAGAAGGACAAGAUCAACAAGUCCUUCAACCUCUUCAAGAUGCCCUUCUCCAACAUCGUCGACGCCCUGUCGAUGGUGAUCUUCUGUCCCAAAGCACCGAUGGCUGCCGCCCAGACCGCAGGGCUCCUCUGGAAAGCUGGGACGAACGUGCCGGACGACAAGGGCCAGCUGAUCAACAAGACCUAUCUCGUGAACCAGGUCACCCAGAUCGAGGCCAGGACGGAUGCGCUGGACGAAGGACUCAAGUCGCGAGACGACGGAAGCGUGGACAUCGCCGAUCCGGGCGCCUCUAAGCUCAUCACAGCGCGAGACGACAUGAUGAAGCUCCUGCAGCAGUACACGAGUUUCCUCGGGUCCAACGAGCUCGAAGAUGUCGAAAAGACGUUCGAUAACUACAUUAGCCUCGUCGAGCAGCGCAACACGGCCGUCCUCCACUACAACGCGUGCGUAAACCUGUGGUACACCAACCAGCAACACGAGGCCUACUACACCCACAAGCGCGACAGCCUGUCCGACACGGUCAUCAAGACCAUCGACCCGAACCUCCCCGCCAUCCACAUUUUCGUUCAGAAAGCCUACUCCGACUCGGUCGCAGCCGUCAUGGAAGCCCUGUACCGCGCGCAGCGGUCCUACCGCUUCGCGGCCCUCACCUUCGACAGCCCGCUCUCGGCCGCCCUGGGCGGCGCGCCGAGCGGCGCGAUCCGGCACGCCGACCUCGACCGGGCGAGCAAGGGGAUCCUCAACGCCUACUUUCACGCCCUAGACGCGUGGGGCCGGGCGCCGCAGGACUUCCACGGCGUGACCUGGCCGCUGAGCGAGGACGAGUGGGCGGCGCUGCAGACGACGCAGGGCGCGUACGUGGUGAUCCCGCCGGCCACGGCGGGCCAGUCCGAGGCGCAGCACCCGUUCGCGGGCAAGUGCAACGUGCGGGUGACGAGGGCGCGGCUGUUCGUGACGGGCGCCGCCCGCACGGCCAGCGGGUUCCUCAGCGCCAGGCUGAUGCACAGCGGCGCCGAGACGGUGGUGGACGCCGCGAACGCGCAGUUUCAGUUCUACCACAACCCCAUCACGCGCGAGUUCCGGUACCGCAUUGCGGCGGGCGAGUUCGAGCCUGACGUGGACACCACUGUGGAUGGGGAUAUGUCCGAAGGCGGCGAGAGUAAGGAUGACAGCUUUGCGCUUGUUGGGCCGUUUACAACGUGGAGCAUUGACUUGGCAAGUAAUGGCGGUUUGGAUCUGAGUGAGGCCACGGGGGCCUAUUUCAAGUUUUAUGGCAAAUGUUACCCGUUUGAAUAG